AUGGGUGGAGUAAUAGGGAAGUCAAGACGUUCCAAGGCUAGCGGGGUACCAGCUGCUCCUCCUCGUAGCAGCGAACAGCUCGCAGGGGAAGAGAAGAAGCUACCAGAUCGCAAGGACCAUGGCCCGCAGCCUUCGCUUCCUGUCCCGGUGGCGGCAAGGACGGCGGGAAGCGGAGGGAUGAAGGUUGCUGAUGAGGCAGCCGCAGGUUCUGAGGAGAACCAGUUGGUUGCUUGCUCGGGCGGGUUGCAACAUGGCGGGGAUGAGGAGAGUUUUUCAGAUGCGAGGGAAUCGCGGAUCUUGAAGGAUGGGGAUGGAAGGAGAGAGGAAGGGACGGAGGAUGAAACAGGGGAAGAGGCAUUGGAGGAGAGGGAGAAAGAAAACCAUGAGGAACGGGAUGGAAAAAGAGUUGUAAGGGAAUGCGAUUCGAAAUUCAAGGUCGAUGGACUAUUUAUGGAUGAUUUGAAACAAGUUUCCAUGUGCUCUGAGCAUGUUGAACCAAAGAGUGGCGCAGCUUUGGAUACGAGCACAAUUACUUGCGUCAACUCCGAAGAGACGCUUGAAGGUAGACAUGCAGGCAAUCCUUUCCCACCAGCGGAAGAACGCGUUGAGGGUAAAAAGAGUGUCAGUUGGGAAACGUCGAGCGCAGGGCAGAAGUUGUACCUCAGUGAAGUGAGGGAGGAUAUGAUUGAGCUCAUGAUAUCAAACUUCGAAUACUUGCUCCCUCAACGCUCGCUGUUGGAUUGUGAGAUUUUGACGUUUGCCACGGAGGACUCAGCCAACUCGUGUGACUUGGAAGAUCAGCUCAGCUCAGCUGGGAUGGAGCAGAAACUGCAAUCAAACCUCGAAAACUCUCUGAAGGUGCUCGUGUUUGAAAGCAGCAUCACAUUUCCAGCUUGCUUGCAUACUGGACAAGAUGAUGCGAUGUGUUGGUUGUCUCUGUCAGUGGACCUCUUGUACCUGAGAUCUUACUUGUUGCUACGUGAGCUGGUUGAUUGCAAUCUCCUCAUGCCCAGAAACGAAGAGCCGCAAAAGAGUCGACAGCAUUCAUUUCAGCAGCUGCACCAAGAUUUGCUGUUGUUCAUGCAGACAGGGAGCUCGAAUGUUUUCAAGCGCCGCGAUGGUGGGGCCGGAGAGUUUGCAGUGAGGCUGAUUUGGAAUGAUGUCAAGGAGAGAAGUUACUUUCAUGCUCGAUCUCAUAUCAACAUACUGUACAGCAACUGCAGGUCUUCGAAAUCUCAACAAGAUCACCCGAUGAAACCUUGCAGCCUGUUGCCUUUCCUUUCCUAUCAGGUCCGACCUCAUCCACACAUGCUUCCAAUCGCAUUCACUGACAGUCUUGGGGGAGCGAAAAUAUUUGCAGCUCCCUUCCUACAUGGUUAUGUAGCGCUGAACGAAUGGUUGAUACAUCCGACAACAAGAAGAGCGUACCGUCUUGAGGAUGAUGUCGUGGACAAGAACAAGGAGAGUGAUUGGGCGAUGAGUUUGUUGCACAUCUCCUUGCAGGUAAUUAAGGUCGUCAGGGCAGUGGAAAGAAUGUGA